AGUCCAUCGCAAGCCGACAUGAUUGUCCGAAAUGUGUGCACGCGGCAGAGCCGCCAACUUCUCGCGUUCAACCGCCCAACCCGCAUCGUAAAUCGCUUCUUCUCGACCGAACCUCCUGUCGACACCGCGGUGCAAAGCCCCUUAGCAGAGCAGGUGUCUCACCAAGAGAGCUCCGUCCGGCCAACUGAUUCUCCACAAAGCGGGAUAAAGACUCCUGCGCACCAGGCCUUCGUCGAGAAACAAAUCCAAAAGAACAGAUAUCUUGGACUUGGCAGCCAGGUGAAAGACGCAUACCUACCAGAGGCUCUCUACCGAAGCCCGCCGCACCCCCACCACAUUUCCCUUGAACUGCUCCUUGCCAACCAGACGCAUCUCGGACACUCGACGUCUCGCUGGAACCCCCAAAACUCGAGCUACAUCUUUGGUAUUCGAGAUGGAAUUCACAUCAUCUCCCUGGAUGCCACGGCGGCUUAUUUGCGCCGUGCAGCCAAGGUAGUCGAAGAGGUUUCGUACCGCGCUGGUCUGAUCCUCUUCGUCGGCACCCGCCCCGGCCAGAAGAGAGCCGUGGUGAGGGCCGCCGAACUGGCCGGUGCUUACCAUGUCUUUGAGCGGUGGAUUCCCGGAAGCUUGACCAACGGCCAGCAGAUCCUUGGCCACUGCGAGACCAUGGUUGUCAACCCCUUCGACGAAGAAUUGCCCCAGUACAAGGAGACGCUGGUCGACCGCCCUUCCCUCAAGCCGGAUCUUGUGAUUUGCCUCAACCCCAUCGAGAACGAAGUCCUGCUGCACGAGUGUGGUCUCAACAACAUCCCCACUAUCGGCGUCAUCGAUACCGAUGCGAAUCCCACCUGUGUCACCUAUCCCAUCCCGUCGAACGACGACAGUUUGCGUGCCACGGCCUUGAUCGCCGGCAUUCUUGGAAGGGCUGCGGAAGCUGGACGGGAUAGAAGAAUGGAGCAGGCCAAGAAUAAGAAACUUACUUUCCCCCCUGCUGCGAAGGGCGAUUUGGUGCCAGAUGCUGCGAACGAAGGUGUUGAUGAUGCUGCGACAACUCAGGCUUCCAUUUCUCAGGUCAUGGCUCCUGAAUCCCCGGCUGCCGAAGCCCCGGCUGCUGAGGCUUCGACCGAGGCUGUCGCUGCCGCUGCUGAGGCCCCAUCAGACAAGCAGCCUUCUGAUACGCCUAGCCAGGAUCGGCAAUAAAAGGUUAUGGCACUUUUUGAUAUUUUUCUUUUGUAGGUUGCCUACGCGCGAGCACUGUGAUAAUUAUGGGACUGUAUUGUAUAGAACAUUGUAAAGAAAUGAUUUUCUCUUCUUUUUC